CCUAAAAAGUUUGGGUCCAAUAGAGUCACCGUUUAGUCUGCGCUAUUGUGUUUUGUGCCUGAAACAUGAAAGCGAAAAUCUGAAGAGACUGAGAGAAUUGCAGCUGGUCUCCGUGUCCCCAAUUUCAUGGAUGAAAUCCAGAUGGGUCUUUCAGUUUCAGAACCUCAACUCUCACUACUUGUCCUCUUGUGCUUCGUCUCUAAUCUCUCCUUUCAAAGCCAAGGUUCACCAAAACCCCUCUGCAGAAACAACCUCAAGAUUGAUCCUCAACCAUGUGGACAUAAGCCUGCUUCUCUCUCUUUGUGGAAAAGAAGGAAACUUUCCCUUGGGCUCUUCCCUCCAUGCCUCUAUCAUUAAGAACCCUGAAUUAUUUUACCCUGAGAGUCAAGAUGAUUAUCGUAAUGUCGUUAUUGUUUGGAAUUCUCUGCUCUCAGUGUAUUUCAAAUGCGGUCAAUUUUCUUAUGCUGUUAAGCUGUUUGACAAUAUGGGCAUGAAAGAUACAGUUUCGUGGAAUACAAUGAUAUCUGGGUUUUUAAGGAACGGGGAGUUUGAUGUUGGGUUUGGCUACUUUAAGCAAAUGAGUGGAUCGGAUUUUUAUCGAUUUGAUAGAGCAACUUUGACUUCGAUUUUAGCAGCUUUUGAUGGGCCUGAGUUUUGUCACUUGAAUAAGAUGAUGCAUGGUUUGGUGGUUUUGAAUGGAUUUGAGCGGGAAACUGCAGUGGGGAAUGCUUUGAUCACAUCAUAUUGUAAAUGUGUGUGUUUCGGUUCAGGAAGGCGGGUUUUCGAAGAGAUGUUUGAGAAGAACGUGAUUACAUGGACGGCAAUGAUUUCGGGGCUCGCACAAAAUGAAUUAUACGUGGAAAGUUUGGAAUUGUUUUUGGAGAUGCGUAGUGGAGUGGUGGAUCCAAAUUCGUUGACUUAUUUGGCGUCACUCAUUGCAUGUUCUGGUUUGCAGGCAAUAAGUGUAGGGCGUCAAAUUCAUGGACUUGCAUGGAAACUGGGAAUUCAAUCAGACUUGUGCAUUGAGAGUGCACUAAUGGACAUGUAUUCGAAGUGUGGCAGCGUGGAAGAUGCAUGGCGAAUAUUUGAAUCCACUGAAGAACUUGAUGAGAUUUCCAUGACUGUCAUCCUUGUGGCAUUUGCACAAAAUGGGUUUGAGAGUGAAGCGAUCCAAAUAUUUGCGAAAAUGAUGAAAGCAGGAAUUGAAAUCGACCCAAACAUGGUUUCAGCUGUUCUUGGUGUGUUUGGUGUUGAUACUUCUUUAGGUCUAGGGAAGCAACUCCACUCUUUAAUUGUCAAAAAAAGUUUUGGUCAUAACUCUUUUGUCUGCAAUGGGCUUAUAAAUAUGUACUCCAAGUGUGGAGAGUUGGAGGAUUCGGUCAAAGUGUUCAGUAGGAUGCCUCAGAGGAACUCAAUUUCGUGGAAUUCCAUGAUUGCAGCUUUUGCCCGUCAUGGAGAUGGCUCCAAAGCAUUACAAUUAUAUGAAGAUAUGAAAAUGGAUGGUGUACAACCAACAGAUGUUACAUUUUUGUCUCUACUUCAUGCUUGUAGCCAUGUUGGCUUCGUUGAAAGGGGCAUGGAAUUUUUGAACUCCAUGAAUGAGGACCCUGGGAUGAGUCCAAGACCAGAACACUAUGCUUGUGUCGUUGACAUGUUAGGUCGUGCAGGACUUCUCACUGAGGCCAAAAAUUUCAUUGAGGGACUACCUGAGAAUCCGGGUAUACUUGUUUGGCAAGCAUUGCUUGGUGCUUGUAGCAUUCAUGGUGAUUCAGAGAUUGGUAAAUAUGCUGCAGAUCAGUUGCUUUUGGCAGCACCUGAGACCCCGGCACCAUAUGUUUUGCUAGCGAAUAUAUAUUCUUCUGAAGGAAGGUGGAAAGAGAGAGCAAGGACCAUUAAGGGGAUGAAGGAAAUGGGGGUCGCAAAAGAAACAGGUAUUAGUUGGAUUGAGAUUGAAAACAAAGUUCAGAGCUUUGUUGUUGGGGAUAGAAUGCAUCCACAAGCAGAGAUCAUUUAUGGAGUUCUGGCAGAACUGUAUAGACUUAUGACAGAUGAAGGAUAUGUACCAAAUUAGAGGUUUAUAAUCUACUAUUUAGGUGAUCAUGAAAAGAGAUAAGAGCCAAUUCUUUAUUACAGACUUGCCAAAACCAUGAAGGUUGUAUUUCUGGAGGAAAAUGAAGAAUGAUUUAGGUUUGUCAUUCCUUUAUUAUACAAAUUUUCUGUGUUAAUAUUAUCUUAAGAGAAGUUCAACUGUUGAACUUUUGCAUGCGGGAUUAUGAUUUCUUAUCCGGCAUAUUUUUCACCCCGGCAGGAUAAAUUUUAAAGAAGCUGGUACAAAACUGGGUUUUCCCUUUCGCUUUGUAGACUGAACGAAAGAGAACACUAGUAGCAUAAGGUAUAAUGAAUGGUUAUCUUUUACAUUGCAACUCAGAAAGAAUUGAUUGCCAAGAUGGUCCCCUGUAGCCCUGCUGCCAUUUUAUAUUUGCAUUGUGAAGUUCGCUUUUGCUAUUU